GCUUAAGAGCCAAUAGGGCGCAGGCCCCGCCCCCGGGGCACGGAGGCCGUGGAGUGCCGUGGAGUGGCGGUGCUAUGGCGGGCGGUGCCCGCGAGGUGCUCACGCUGCAGUUGGGACAUUUCGCGGGUUUCGUCGGGGCGCACUGGUGGAACCAGCAGGAUGCUGCGCUGGGACGGAUGGCCGAGGGCGAAGAGUCGCCGGGGGAACUGUGCCCCGACGUCUUGUACCGAACCGGCCGGACGUUGCAUGGCCAGGAAACCUAUACGCCGCGACUCAUCGUCAUGGAUCUGAAAGGCAGUCUGAAUUCACUAAAGGAAGAAGGUGGCCUCUACAAGGACCGACAGCUAGACACUGCAAUAGCAUGGCAAGGGAAGCUCACCACACACAGAGAAGAAGCUUACCCAGAGAACCCUAACCUCCAGGACCUUCUGAGUGCAGAGGGAGUGCUGAGUACUGAUGGUGUCUGGAAGGCCAAACCUAUCCAAAAUGGCAAAGAGAACAGCGUCAGAGUCUGGUCAGACUUCCUCAGAGUGCACCUACACCCGCGGAGCAUCUGUGUGAUUCAGAAGUACAACCAUGAUGGGGAAACAGGUCGGCUGGAGGCUUUUGGCCAAGGGGAGAGUGUGCUGAAGGAACCCAGGUACCUGGAGGAGCUGGAGGACAGACUGCAUUUCUAUGUGGAAGAAUGUGACUACUUGCAGGGCUUCCAGAUCCUGUGUGACCUACACGAUGGCUUCUCCGGAGUAGGUGCUAAAACUGCAGAGUUACUACAAGAUGAGUAUUCAGGCCGGGGAGUAAUAUCAUGGGGUCUGCUCCCUGGUCCCUACAAUCUUGGGGAGCCCCAGAAAAACAUCUAUCGUCUCCUAAACACAGCGUUUGGUCUGGUGCACCUGACUGGGUACAGCUCUUUUGUCUGUCCCUUAUCCCUGGGAGGCAACCUGGGCCUGCGACCCAAGCCACCUGUCAACUUCCCCCACCUACAUUAUGACGCCACUCUGCCCUUCCACUGUGGCGCCAUCCUGGCUACAGCCCUGGACACAGUCACCGCUCCCUAUCGCCUGCGCUCCUCCAUGGUUCCCAUGGCUCAUUUGGCUCAUCUGCUAAGUUUCUCUGGGAAAAAGGUGGUGACAGCAGAGGCAAUUAUCCCCUUCCCACUGGUUCCAGGCCAGUCCCUUCCUGAUACCCUAGUGCAGCUUGGAGGAGCCACGCCAUGGACCCCACUGUCUGCUUGUGGGGACUCUGCUGGGAGUCGAUGCUUCGCCCAGUCAGUGGUGCUGAGGGGUGUAGAAAAAGCGAGGCACACCAGUGAGCUCAACCCAGGGACACCCUUGCCUUCUGCUCUCCAUGCAUGUGCCUCUGGAGAAGAAGUCUUGGCUCAGUACUUACAACACGAGCAUCCUAGAGUCUUAAGCUCAUCACAUCUGCUGCAGACCCCCUGCAGAGUGGCUCCUCCUUACCCACACCUCUUCUCAAGCUGCAGUAACAAGGGGAUGGCCCUGGACAGUCCCAAGUGUGCAGCAGUGCAAAGCAUCCCCGUGUUUGGGGCCUUGCGCUCGUCUUCAUCCUUGCACCAGACCCUGGGAGACUUGGCUGAAGAGCUCAACAGACUUGACCUGCGGCGCUGGGCCAGCUUCAUGGACGCUGGGGUGGAGCAGGAUGACAUGGAGGAGCUGCUGCAAGACUUACGCAGCCUGGCCCAGUGUUACCAGGAGGGUGACAGCCUUUCAAACUGAAGUUGCAGGGAAGGGUACUGGGGAAAUAAUUUAUAAUAAAAGCUGCCAGGUGCGGGAA